AUUCGUCAGUGGGGGCGAAAUAGCUGUUCUUGUUGAUCAUGACCAAAUACGUGGCAGAAGAGUGAAGUUAUUGAAUGUUCAUAUGAAGAGAGUGCAUGAUUAUUUUGUGUUCAAUAAAACUUUUGAGAUUCAUUACAUUGGAUUAUCAUCCACAAUCAAUCCCUAUAAAAAUCUUUCUUGCGCUUUAAAGAAAGUGACUCCUCAACCUCUCUUGCCCCUUUCUCUCCAAUUACAAAUUAUCUCUCUGUUUUUUUCUUCUUCUUCUUCUUCUUCUUCUUGAAUUAAAUUUUUGCUCAACAUAUUUUCAUUUUCACCUAUAUUUCUAGCAGAACCAGCAGUUUGGUGAGCUUCCCAGUUCCCAGAUGACCUGACAUAUUAUGGCUACAUCAGUUGCAUCUGCUGAAAGCAUGGGAUCCUUAAAUAGUGAUCUAUUCUACGACAUACUUAGGCGUCUUGAUGGUGCAACUUUGGCUAGUGCUGCCUGUGCCUGUGAAGCAUUCUGCUCGAUUUCCAAGGAAGAGAAGCUAUGGGAAAACGUAUGCUCUUCUAUGUGGCCUUCAACCAACAGGGAUGACGUCAAAAGUUUAAUAUCUUCUAUUGGUGGGUUUAAAAAAUUCUAUGCUGAUUGCUUCCCCCUUAUUGUGAACAAAGAAGUGCCUGAAUUUCUAUGGAAUGAAUAUCUCGAGUAUCCUGAAGAAUUGACUGAAGCUGAAUACUAUGGUGACAUGGACGAAUUCGAAAUUGUUGCUCCAUCAGAUUUUGUCUCUAUUGUCGAUAUACGAUAUAAAGAUAAAACAAUAUGCUCAAAAGUCCUUUGGGGCAUUCCUAAUGCAAACGGUUUUCCACGUUGGUUUUACAGCUGUCCAUUUCGAAUCGAUCUUUUCACGUACUCGACUAGAGAUGACGAACACGCGGGGGAAGUCACUCUAUCAGUUUCAGACGGAUUGCCUCCAAUUACAUGUAUGGAGAAAGAGAGGAAAGAUGGUAAGCUCUGGCAAGAGCUCCGGGACGGAAUACGGCUAAGUUGGAUUGUUGUUAAUACAAAAAUAAAACAAGCUGCUAAUCUCUCAAGCUGGAGUUCCCUUGGAGGGCAAAGACAUUGGCCAACAGAUAAGGAUUUUGUGCUUCGUUUCGGUUCAGUUCUUCCUGCUAAGGACAUUCUUUCUUGUCAAGCUGUGGAGUGUAUCCUCCUCCUGAAAUUCAGAGUGAUCUAUACAGAAGAGGGAGGUGUCGCGACUACUCUCAAACUGACAGAAGUAAGCAUGCAACUGGGAGAUAUGGAGGGUGCUCAUGUAGAUGGUAGAAACAGUUUGCUUGUUCUCAAGGAAGCAUUAAGCUGCAAUCGGAGCAAGAACUAUAACGAGGCGCUCGAAUCAUGUCAACUGUACUCAAAGGUGCAAAGUGAGCUAAGGGAGGAAAAAAUGAGAAAUGAAAGCAGGUUAGAUAGACUUUAUAUAUUAGGAGGCAUUAUGACCUGCAUCACAGUUUGUUUCUAUUUGUGGUGACGUGAGUGUUUAUGUUUUUCUUUCUCAAUGUUGUUAUGUGUAAUUUUUUGGUCAUAUUGACUGUUCUCUCCUCUUUGAUGUUGAUGUAAAUGCAAUUUUGACCAGAAAAUUGACAUGUUAUUCUUAGAUAUGUGUCGUGCUAAUCUUCUGUGUAUUGUUCCAAUUUAGUUUAUUGGAUGUUGCCGAA